AUGGCUAGAAAGAAGUCUGCUGCCAAAAAGGCAAGAGAAGCUGCUGCUGCUGCUGCUGCUACUGCUACUACCACCAACUCAACUGAGAAUGCCAAAGAUAUAAAAUUUGAAAAACCAUCAUUACAAAAAUUACCCCAAAAUAAGAAAACUUUAUCAUCUUCCAAAGAGUCUGAUCUUGAUUCCGAUGAAUCCUUAUCAUCAUCAUCAUCAUCAUCAGAGGAAGAAGAUGAAUAUGGAGAUUUAAUUACUGAAGAUGUUGAAACGGGGAUUAAUCAAGUUUUACAAACCAUUAAAACUGAUCCAUCAAAAUUAUUAGAUCCAAAUGUCAAAUUUUUUGAAGAUCCCGAACUGAUUGAAUAUAAUGAAACAACAAAGAAACAUAAACCAUUAUAUAUAACUGAUUAUAAUCGUAUGCAAUUAUUAGAAAAAGCAAAAGGGGAAAAACACCAUGAAGAUGAGGAAGGAGAAAAUGGGUCUGUUCCAUUUGAUGAUCAAAAAACUAUUGAUGGACAAAAAUCAUUUGUUACGGUUCAAAAAGAAGAAAAAGAUCAACUUUUAGCAGAAAUUAAAAAGGCAUUUGAUGAAGAUGUCGAGGAUGAUAGUGAUAGUGAUAGUGAUAGUGAUGAGAAAGAGCAAGCAGAGAACAAUGAUGACGACGACUUUUUCCGUAAGAAGGAAGGGAAACGAUCCAAAAAUGAAGAAGAUAAAGAAGAAAUUGCUGUUGGUGGUAGUGGAUCAAAUUUACCUGAUCCAAAUCAAGAUCAACAAGGAUUUUUAAAUGCUUUUCUUGAUCUGAAAGCAUGGAUACCUAAAAAGGGAGAUAAAAUAAUCAAUUUAGAUAAAAUUGAUCAAACUGAUGAAGAAGAAUUUGAUGAUGCCGUUGAAAAAUUUGAAAAUGCUUAUAAUUUCCGUUAUGAAGAUCCUAAUGGAGGAGCAGAAAUUAUUAGUUAUGCACGUAAUCAAGCAACAUUAAGACGACUGAAAACUAAUCUGCGUAAAAGACAACGUGAAAAACGACAAGAAUUAAAACGUCAAGAAGAUGAAAUUGUUCAAGAUUUAUUGAAGAAAAAGAAAACUGCUACUGUUAAUAAAGUUAUGGAUCGAUUAAGUAAAAUUAAACAAGCCAUUGGCGGUGACAACAUAAAUGUUGAUGAUAAAACUAUUGAAAGAGUAUUUGGAGAUUCUUUAUUAAAUGAUGAUUUUGAUGAUGCUGAUUGGGAUAAUAAAAUGGCAGAAAUUUUUAAUGAACAAUAUUAUGAAGCUGAAUUGGAAAAACCAACUUGGGAUGAUGAUGAUGAUGAAAUUAUGGGUGGUGAUAUAAACAGUGAUGAAGAAGACGAAGAAGAACAAGAAGAGGAAGAGGAAGAAAAAGAAGAGGAUAAUGCAUCUGAGGAACCACCACAUAAAAAAUCCAGGAAAGAUUUACUUAAAGCUAAAAAAUCUGCCAAAAAAGAAAAACAAUCUCUUAAAGAAAAAGCUCAAGCAAUAGUAGAAGCUAAUACAUUAAAAUUAAUGGAUGAAAUUGAAGAAGAAAGAGGUCGUCAACGAGAAAAUGAACAUGGUAAAGAAAUCAAAUUUAAAUAUCGUGAAGUAUCACCAGAAACUUUUGGUUUAACUACUAGAGAUAUUAUAUUAGCUGAUGAUAAACAAUUGAAUAAUUUCAUUAGUAUUAAAAAAUUUGCUCCUUAUCGUCCUAAAGAAUUAAGAUUAAAAGAUAAACGGAAAUAUACCAAGAAGAAACAUUUACAAGAAUGGAAAAAAGAAACAUUUAAAAAUUUGAAAUUACCUAAAGAAAUUGAACAAAAUGGAAAUGAUGAUAAUAGUAAUGAAAUUUGGAUUCCUAAUGAAGAUGGAUUUGAUACAAAUUAUUCAAACAAGGGUAAAAAUGAUAAGAAAAAGCACAACAAGUCAAAGUCAAAGUCAAAGACAAAGUCAAAGACAAAGACAAAGAAGCAUGAUGAUAAACUGGAAAAUAAGAAUGAUUUGAAGAUAUCAUCAAAAUAA